CUUCACAACAUCAAAGAUGCCGUCGCUUGCUUACAGCCGUUCUGCAUUCGACAACAUGUGUGCGAUCCAAAGUGGGGGACGAGGCUGAUCACAAAUCUAGCCAAGGCUAGGUGAGCUGUUGCUGCGUCAUGUGUAACGAAACUCUAUAUGAGUUUCUGGAAGCAUCAUGGGUCUUUUCUUGCAUACAGCUCUAAUCGAGCUUUGAGUUGAGAGAUGGCGCCAAUUGAGACACAGUUGUUCAUCAACAAUGAGUUCGUUCCAGCAUCUACUGGGGAAACAUUUGACCUCUACUCCCCUCAAUACUGGUGAAGUUGUAGCCAAAGUUGCAGAAGCAUCUGUUGAAGAUGUCGACACGGCCGUCUCAGCUGCCCUCGCAGCGUUCCCUUCCUGGUCAUCUCUUUCUCCCAUUCAACGCGGCAAACCUCUCAAGAAAAUGGCCGAAAAGAUCCUCUCGUCCACCCCAGAACUUGCCGAACUAGACGCGAUCUCCAUGGGUCGUCCCGUAUCAUCGUUCUUCGACGCAGAUUAUGCUGCCGUGCAUUUCAAUUAUUUUGGGGAGGCGGCAUAUGCGCAAGGACACACGAGUUUGAAUACACCAGGAUUUAUAAAUAUGAGUCUGAGACAACCGUUUGGGGUCGUGGGGAUUAUAAUCCCAUGGAACGCUCCACUGGUGUUUUUCAGUAAGAAGGUUGCGCCUGCUGUUGCGGCGGGAAAUUGUGUCGUGUUGAAGAGCAGUGAGAAAGCGCCCUUGACAUCAUGGAAAGUCUCUCAAUGGAUCAAAGAAUGCGGGUUUCCACCAGGUGUAAUCAACGUCCUCUCAGGACACGGACAUAUCUCUGGUUCUGCCAUUUCUUCUCACAUGUCGAUUAGAGCGAUCUCUUUUACUGGGAGCACUCGAACCGGAAGAGCUAUUCAGAUCGCAUCUGCAAACUCGAAUCUCAAGAAAGUGGUCUUCGAAUUAGGCGGGAAAGGCCCAGCCCUGAUAUUCGAUGAUGCAGACCUAGAACAAGCGGCAAAAGAUACAGAGAAUUCUAUCUUCUGGAACAGUGGACAGACAUGCAUGGCGAAUAGCAGGAUAUACGUCCAGGAUACUGCAACAGAGAAAUUCGUCGAGGUCUUCAAGAAGCUAGCGAGCGCGAGAAAGAUGGGUGAUCCUACAAAAGGAGAAAUCAAUCACGGCCCCCAAGCCGACAAAGUGCAAUUUGAGGCUGUGAACAAGUAUAUCGACGCUGGGAAGGAAAGUGGGGGGAAGUUGGCUCUCGGCGGCGAAGAAGCCAAGACUAACGGCGAAACAAAAUCUCUUCUUAUCCAUCCCACCAUCUUCCUCAAUGCCGACGAAUCUUCCCGGAUUAUGAAAGAAGUGAUCUUCGGGCCAGUAGUGGUCAUUAACACAUUCUCUACGGAAGCCGAAGUCAUCGCCAAAGCCAACCAUACCGAAUUUGGGCUUUAUGCCUGUCUAUAUACCAAGGAUCUCGAGCGAGCAUUGAGAGUGAGCAAAAAGUUGGAAAGUGGGAUGGUGGGCGUGAAUUGUGCUGCACCGACUGGGUGCUGGGAUUUGCCGUUUGGCGGAUGGAAAGGGAGUGGAACUGGGAGAGAGAGCUUAUUAGAGAGUAUGGAUCACUUUUUGGAAGUGAGGAGUAUUUAUUUCAAAUGUCCAGGUAUUGGUGGAUGAAUGAAAAACAGUUACUAGCAAUUGAGUGCAAAACACCAGCCCAG